GUUCAGACAGCGGAUGGCGCCGCGUGUGAGUGCAGCGCGCUUAGCGAGCGUCAGUUGAACUGGUGAGCACCUGGUGGGACGUUCGGUGCCUUGAUAAUCGCUUUGUUUGCUAGCGACUAGCGGAAGCCACUCUCGUGAACAUACCAAAUAGUGCGUGCUAACGUCUUCGGUGACUGUGUGUACAGUUUGCUAUAGGAAUAUAUUCAUUUACGGAACAUCGAUGUGUGUGCGACAUUAACGAAACGCAUUCGAUAUGCAAUUCGAAAGUUUCCCCAACUUUUCAUUGAAGACUUUGGGUUUGGCGGCACUCAUUCUGAUGCUGCACAACUUUUCCACAUCGCAAGCCUCGCGAACGUGCAGCCACAAACAUCCGAAACACAAUGAGGUCGUGCACGGUGUUCACAUCGAGCCCCAGCACAUUAUGAAGAAGAGGAGCGCUGAUCAGCCAUUGCGGAUACUUCUUUUCUAUGACGUCAGUGUUUACAGGUUGGACCAGGAACGUUUCGAGUUGAUUAAUAAUACGAUAUUGCCACAAGCUGUACAUUUUUGGGAACGUGCAUUGUUUGUGCGUAAAGUGGAAAACGUUAUUAGAUUAACCCGAAAAUGUAACGAAUCACAAGUAUUCGUCAAGGAUUCAUUGACGCAUUGCAUUGACACGUGCAAAGAAAAAACAAUGUGUGGAGAGGUGGAGGUUCCCGAACAACAUUUAGACGCAUGCAGGGUGUGCAAUACUACUGGACAGGAUUGUAAAAUUGAAGCCGGUUCUAAACCUGGUGAAGGCAUCCAAGACUCGGAUUUUGUGUUUUACGUGUCGGCAAUGCAAACUGAACGAUGCAAUAAAUCCUUGACCGUUGCCUACGCCGCUCAUUGCCAACAAGAAAUCGCACUCGACAGACCCAUUGCCGGACAUGCUAAUUUGUGUCCCAACAGUAUCAGCACCAAACCACAGGAGUUGGAAACGCUGUUAUCAACUGUAAAGCACGAAAUUCUGCACGCUUUGGGAUUCUCUGUCAGCUUGUAUGCUUUCUACAGGGAUGACAAUGGCGAACCGCUAACACCCCGCCGACCGGAUACCGGCAAACCUGUACUCAACGAAAAAUUGCAGACAUACCAAUGGAGCGAUAAAGUAAUACGUCCAGUAACGCGAAGAAAUUGGCUCGUGAGAUCGGGCGUUGUGUCGCGUGACAUACAAAUGGUAGUAACGCCACAAGUCGUGCAAGAGGUGCGCGAUUAUUUUAACUGUUCGCAGUUAGAAGGUGCAGAAUUGGAAGACCAAGGUGAAGAAGGCACGGCACUCACGCAUUGGGAGAAGCGUGUGUUUGAGAAUGAAGCAAUGACCGGAACACACACGCAGAAUCCGCAAAUAUCUCGGGUAACGUUAGCAUUAAUGGAAGACACCGGCUGGUAUAAGGCGAAUUAUUCCAUGGCGGAGCCGUUAACUUGGGGCAAAGGUCUUGGUUGUGAUUUCGUGAUGAAGAGCUGCAAGGAAUGGAUCUCAACCAAAGCAGACCGAGGAAUGUCAAUUCAUCCGUUCUGCAAUAAGGUAAAGCGAGAUCCUCUUCAGACGGAAUGCACCGACGACCGCACGUCGGUUGCCUUGUGCAAUCUAAUUCCACAUGAUCAUUUGCUACCCAAACUUUAUCAGAACUUUGACUCGAUCGAUCAUGUCGAAGCGGGCAGUGAAGGGUUCUACGGUGGAUCGGUCUACUUGGCGGAUUAUUGUCCUUACAUUCAGGAAUUUACGUGGCGCUCGAAGAAUGUUAUUGUACGUGGAUCACAUUGUCAAUACGAAGAUAACAACCCAAGGCCAGACAAAAAUUUUGCCUUUGAAAAAUAUGGCAAGCAUUCCCGGUGUUUUGACCACACCGACCGAAUGUGGGAGGAACGGUCCUGUAAACAAAUGCGCCAAUGGCAGCACUGGGGUUCGGGCUGUUACAGUUACAAAUGCGAAGGUGGACGCCUUCACAUUAUAGUGGGAAACUACACUUACACUUGCUAUCAUUCGAAGCAAGAAAUCUCCAUCCGAAUAUUGAACAAUGACUGGCUCCAUCGCGGCGCGAUUGUGUGCCCGCCAUGCAAAGAACUUUGCAAGGAGGAGUUUAAUGUGACCGGCGAUAGUUGCAAACCUGGCCAGGAACCGCCCCCAGCCAACUUCUAUCCUCACGAUGAACUGCACUGCAAUGGCGCUUCUCACCUCACGUUUUCUUUGCCAAUACUUUUAUUCGUACUCAUCUCGUUUAGUCUCGCUUGCAAUGAGAACAGAUGAUCGUAUGAUAAGUAAUUGCGAUUGCAACCAGACCGUUCCUUUAAGACUGUAACAUUGGCGCUGCAAAUAGCGCAAAAGCACGGGCACAUUUAACGACGUCCAAGCGCCUCGUACGCCUGAUCUACAACUUACAUUUUUGUGAUAUGUGAGCAUUAUUGUAAUAAUACAAAGAGUAGAAUUAACAUGAGUUAACAAUGAAUUAACCCUUGAAAUUAAAUUGUUCUCCAAUGCGCGUUUAAUAUUUAUUAAUGAAUUGUAAAUAAAAUACGACCUCAAGUAAAUAA